AUGGACAUGAGAACAGGCGUCACACCGCCUAAGCCGGAAGAGCUUUCCGAGCUUGAUGCACUCCGCAACAAGAUCGGAAGCUCCUUCAGAACAGCCGCCGGUUUGGUCAAUGCUGUUGCGAGGCCUGUCCCUCACGGAACUGGCGAUGGUAGUAAUCUGCCCGAAGAGCCGAGCGGUAGUCUGCUGCACACGAUUGAGAGCACUUUGUCUGACAUUUCUCGCUUGUCAAUUCCUGACAUCAAGACCCUGAUCGAUAUCCAGCAAACUAAAAUGUCUGGAGAGUUGCUGGAUGACAAGACCUAUCAGAUGGAAGGGUUGAUCCAUGCGGCAGCAGGCCUACCAGACGGCUCAGGGCUCCGAACCAAGCUAACAAAUUUGUUUCUUACGCAACUGUGGAACGACCUAGAGCAUCCUCCCCAGUCAUAUCUCGGCGGCAAGUACCAGUACCGGGCAGCUGAUGGCUCGAACAACAGCCUACUACACCCUAAGCUCGGCGCAGCUGGUACCCCCUAUGCGAGGACAGUAAAGCCGACGAGGGCUCAACCACCUUACCGCCCAGACCCCGGCGUUGUCUUCGACUCUCUAAUGACCCGUAAGCAUCACGAACUCCAUCCUAACCGUAUAUCGAGUAUGCUCUUCUACUUCGCCUCCAUCAUCAUUCAUGACCUGUUCCGGACCGAUCACCAAGAUCCCUCGAUCUCGUUGACCUCUUCCUAUUUGGACCUUUCGCCAUUGUACGGUAGCAAUCAGGACGAACAGGACUUGAUGCGAACCAAAGACCAGUACAACGGCAGGAUCAAGCCAGACUGUUUCUCGGAGGCCCGUCUGCUAGCUUUCCCUCCGGGAGUUGGCGCUAUCCUGAUCAUGUUCAAUAGAUUCCACAACUACACGGUAGAGAACCUUGCCGCCAUUAAUGAGAAUGGCAGGUUCACAAAGCCCACCGAACCGGAAGAUCCGAAAGAUGCAAAAGCUGCAGACGCUUACAAGGCAAAGUUGGUCAAGUAUGAUGAGGACCUGUUCCAGACUGGACGGCUCAUCACCUGCGGUCUUUAUAUCAACAUCGUCCUGGUCGACUACGUCCGGACAAUUUUGAACCUCAACCGCACUGACAGCAACUGGCAGCUGAAUCCUCGCGCUAUCAUCAAAGACGGUCCUCCACUUGGGGUAGGAAAUCAGGUUUCGGCGGAGUUUAACUUAGUGUAUCGAUGGCAUUCCGCCGUCUCAGACAAAGAUGAAAAGUGGACACAGGACCUGUGGGACAAGUUGUUCCCUGGUAGAGAUGCGAAGUCUGUUGGCAAAGAUGAAUUUCUCAGCAGGCUGAAGGGCAUGUACCACACCACACCGAAAGAGCCUGAGUUACGGCCAUUCGCAGACCUUAAACGCAACGCUGAUGGCACCUACCCCGAUGAUGGUCUUGUCAAGAUUUUGAAGGAGGGUGUGGAGGACUGUGCAAACUCCUUCGGAGCGAACAGGGUACCAGCCGUGAUGCGAGCGAUUGAGGUUCUCGGUAUCGAGCAGACACGCUCAUGGAAUCUCUGCUCGUUGAACGAGUUCAGGCAAUACUUUGGACUCAAGCCUCAUGAUACUUUCGAGGACAUCAAUUCCGAUCCAGACGUCGCCCAGCAGCUUAAGAACCUCUAUGAAACUCCGGACCAGGUCGAAAUCUACCCCGGCAUCGUUGUUGAAGAGGCGAAGAAGCCACUAGCUCCCGGCGCUGGCCUCACACCACCCUUCACUGUCUCUCGUGCUGUGCUUUCCGACGCUGUAGCACUUGUACGGGGCGACAGGUUCUAUACGCUUGACUACAAUCCCAAGACCUUGACGAACUGGGGCUUCGCACAAGUUGACACCGAUACCGGUAUCGACAACGGCUGCGUGUUCUACAAACUGUUCCUCCGCGCGUUCCCCGACCAUUUCGAGGAAAACUCGGUAUAUGCUCACUACCCAUUGACUACUCCAGAUGCCAUGGAGGAAGCUCUAAAAGGCCUCAACAAGGCUCACCUAUACGACUUCGACAAGCCAAAGUUCACUCCUCACCCGCAAAUGAUUCUGGGGUAUAAGGCAGCUACGACAAUUAUGGGUGACAAAGAUACAUUCAAGGUCACUUGGGGCAAGAACAUUGAGUUCUUGAUGGGAUCUCCAGCUAAGGACUUCAUGCUUGCUGGAGAUGGACCCAAGAACGCCCAGUCACGGAAGAUGAUGAAAGACGCCCUGUAUACCAAGGACUGGAACGCGGAAGUGAAGGCGUACUACGAGACCACAACCAAGAAGCUGCUGAAGGGCAAGUCAGUUAAGAUUGCCGACUUCACCCAAGUCGACAUCAUCCGCGACGUCGGCAACCUCGCCCAUCUUCACUUCUGCUCCGAGCUCUUCAUGCUCCCCCUAAAGACUGAUGAGAAGCCUGGUGUCUUUACUGAAGCCGAGCUCUACCUCAUCAUGUCCGCCGUCUUCGCCCUCGUCUUCUUCGAUGUCGACGUCGCCGCAUCCUUCCCCCUACACGUCAAAGCCCAAAAAGCUACCGCCCUCCUCGGCAAGCUCGUCCAGGCCAACGUCGAGGAAAUAAAGCACGGCGGCGUCCUCUCCUCAGUUAUGCACUCCAUCUGGCCCGACAACAGCCCCCUCAAAGACUACGGCAAGCACAUGAUCGAGCGCCUCCUCGACUCCGGCCUCGAUGUCAAGACACUCGUCUGGGGCCAUAUCCUCGGCACUGCUGGCGGCAUGGUCGCGAACCAAGGCCAGCUCUUCGGCCAGACGAUCGAGUUCUUCCUCAACGACCCCCUCGGCAAGGAGCAAUGGCCCAAUGUCCAGGCCCUCGCGAAGCUGGACACCGACGAGGCAUUCGAUACGCUAAUGCACUACUUCCUCGAAGGCUCCCGCCUCUACGGCGAAACCGGCGUCCUCCGCGAAGUCGCCAAAGCGGUCGAGAUCCAGGACGGCGACCGCACGAUCCAGCUGAAAGAAGGCGACCGUGUCUUCGUGAAUCUCCGCUCUGUCUCGCACGAUGCGGCGGCAUUCCCGAACCCAGAGGCGUUCGACCCAACGCGCGAUAUCGACUCGUACGUGCAUCUGGGCUCGGGCCCGCAUGAGUGCUUGGGCUUGCCGAUGACGCGGGUGGCGCUGACGACGAUGCUGAAGGAGGUUGCGAGGCUGCCGGGCUUGCGGCCGGCGUUGGGCCCGCAGGGGCUUGUGCAUAAGGUGGCAAAGGAGAUGUUCGAGGGGGAGAAGUGGCCGUAUCAUGCGUAUUUGACGGAGAAGUAUGAUAGCUAUUGGCCGUUUCCUUGUUCUCUUAAGGUCAACUACGAUUAG